AUGGGCUGCGGACUACGUAAAAUGAAGCCCACGUCGGGCGAGAAGUCACCGGGCAAGAUUUACUCCACGCUGAAGAGACCUCAGGUAGAGACCAAAGUGGGCGUGGCUUACACCUACCGCUACCUGGAUUUCCUCAUUGGGAAGGAUGGUGGAACGUCCACACUGCGUCUUUCCUCGGUGCGAGAGCUGCCAGAACAGUUACAGGAGCUUUACCAGCAGGGCUUCCACCUGGCGGCCAUUCACCCAUUCAUCCACCCCUGCGGCCCAGAGUCCAACAGCCCUCAACACCAACUCUACCGCGCCAUCUUGGUCCAGAUCAACGAUGGGGUGGACAGGAGGCAGGCGCCCUGCCCGCCGUGCAGGCUGCAGCUGGAGCAGUGUGUGCCCGCAGAGCAAGUGCCAACCACUGAACUCAUCCAGGGAUACGUCAAGAAGCAGAUCCAAGACGCGGCCGACCAGGGCGUGACAUUCGUGGGCUUUGUGCAGGAACCCUACGGAGCACCCUGCACCAUGAUCCGAGAGCCGGACACCCCCUCGCUGUCACUCCACUCCAGCCCCAGCUCUGUACUCGGCUCUCUGGGCAGCCGAAGUCCCUCAAACCCCUGCAGCCCCGCCCGCCAAGGCGAUUCAGUAAAGGAGACAGACACGUGCAAGAACUCCGAAAAUCAAUCCGAGGCUCAGGGCGAAGUUUCGGCUGCCUCUUCACCGAUAUCUGAGGAGUUGACAGAGGAGGACUCGCAGUCUCAUAACAACAACAAGGAAGGUGCACCAGAGACAAGGCCGAGGACCAGAUACCUGCAGAGAUCUUACGGGGCUGAACUUCUGGCUUUGUACAACCACCCGGCGGUGCGCGAGGGCAACGCGGUGAAGUACUACACAGUCAAGGUGCCGCUGCGGGUGCACGCUAGCGUCAACGGUGCAGACGACGUCAGAGAAGUGGAGGCCAACUGGCUGGAUCACAUGACGCAGCACUUUAACAAUGGAGCCUCGCUGGUCGACGGACACUUUCACCUGGGAAAUUCUCACGAUUUGCUUCCCAAGUCGGUGGAAAGCAUCUUCGUGUUCCAGGAAGGCGGCGAAGGCGAGGCCAACACAACCUAUGACGCCAUCGUAGUGGAGCAAUGGACCGUCAUUGAUGGUUUGCAGGUCAAAGCGGAUUACGUUCCCCUGCUGCAGUCCCUGGCCACGUACGGCUGGAGACUCACCUGUGUGCUGCCGACGCCUGUCAUCAAGACCAAUAGUGAUGGCAGUCUGGCGACCAAACAGAUUGUGUUCCUGCAGAGACCAGUCUUAGGACGAAAGCGGAGGGAAUCCAAGAAACUCAUCUUCAAACCUCGCGGCAAGGCGAACAAGAAUGGCAUCAAAGACAAAGGAAAGAAGACUAAACCUAAACUAGAAAAAGAUGCCAAGAUUCCUGAUUACAGUGAAAAGCUUGGGAACAAGGAAGAUGAGGGGAGAACCGCAGAGAGCAAGAAAAUGCAUGAGGAAGAUGAAAAGAUUGACGAUGCAAGCGCAGUCAAAGUAGAAACCGUCCAAAAUAAAGAGGAAGCAGCUGAAGUAGAAGACGUGACAGAAAAGGAAAUGCCUGAAGUUGAUGAAGAGGGAUUGAAAGAGUCUUUCGAGAAGACUGACACCCAGGAAGUGACAGAUACAGCCACUGAAGAGACCGUGGUUGGGCAGGAGGUUGAAGCUUUAGUUGAAAAUGGUGUAGAAAUGGAUGAAGAUGAAAAUGAAGAUGAAGAAGACCACAAAAAAUGCAAGACUGAAGAAUCGGUAGUCCUAGAUGUGACCGCCAAGGAUACAGUAGCUGCUUCACAGGCUCCAACGAUGAAUGAAAUACCACAAGAGUAA